AUGUUUCAAAAGACAAAGUUGUUAUAUAGCCAGGCUGGCAGUACAGGAAAUAGUUCAGGCUUUCUGGUAAUAGGUGCAACUUCAGGGGAUGAUACUGAAGACACUAGCGCCGAGUUCACAGACAGCAUCGAGGAGGAAGCUGCACCCAGUAGCCAGCAACUCAUCAAGGUGGCCUUGGAGAAAAGCCUAGCAGCUGUGCAGACCCAGAAUGUAUUUCUUCCCCCUCCUUCCUCAGCAGGAGGGAACAAUAACAGAGGUCUUCAGGAGGAAAUGCUCCACCUGAGGGCCGAGAUCCACCAACACUUAGAGGAGAAGAGGAGAGCUGAGGGGGAACUGAAAGAGCUAAAGGCUCAAAUUGAGGAAGCAGGAUUCUCCUCUGUGGCCCACAUCAGGAACACCAUGCUGAGCCUUUGCCUUGAGAAUGUAGAGCUGAAAGAGCAGAUGGGUGAAGCAAUGUCUGAUGGAUGGGAGAUCGAGGAAGACAAGGAGAAGGGCGAGGUGGCAGUGAAAACUGUGGUAGCCAGAGGGGGUCUGAAUGAGAAUAGCCUUCAGGCUGAAUUCAGAAAGCUCCAUGGAAAACUGAAGAAUGCCCACAACAUCAUCAGCAUCCUCAAAGAACAGCUCCUGCUGAGCAGCAAGGACAGGAAUAGUAAGCUUAGCCUAGAGCUCCUUGCAUGCCUGGCCCGGGAGAUCAACAGAAUGAACACAGAGCUGUUCUGUUCUCCUGAGAAGCUCCAAUGCCAGGAAAAGGAGUGCAUGACCAUAAGGCCCUGCCCCAGACCCCAGAGUCUUGACCUUGAGGCUGCCUCACCAUGGAUGCUGGAUAACUGGCCCCAGGCCCAAGACCCUGGGACCCCAUCAGAAUUUAGCCUUCCUGGAUCCACCAAGCACCUGCGCUCCCAGCUGGCCCAGUACAGACAACGCUACCAGGACCUCCAGGAGAAGCUGCUGAUAUCAGAAGCCACGGUCUUUGCCCAGGCCAACCAGAUGGAGAAAUACAGAGUCAUGCUUACACGUGAAUCCUUGGUGAAGCAGGACAGCAAGCAGGUGCAGGUGGACCUCCAGGAUCUGGGCUAUGAGACCUGCGGCCGAAGUGAGAAUGAAGCUGAGCAGGAAGAGAGUACCAGUCCCUAGUGUGAGGAGUACGACAGCCUCAGGGAAACAGCCCUGAUGGAGUGGUGCCUGGGCUCCUCAGCAGCUAGCCCCCCAGGAAAGAAGCCCUUGAAGAGCCCUGAAGGGAAACAGGAGGAGUUCCGUGCAUACAGAAAGUUGGAAGACAUCCCUCUCCUGCAGAAGGACAUCGAAGACCUGAAGGCCCAGCUGCAGAAUGCCAACAAGAUCAUCCAGAACCUCAAGAGCCAGAUCCGGUCCCUCUCAGUUACAAGUGAUUAUUCAUCUAGUCUGGAGACACUGCGAAAGCUGAAGGCCGUUGACGCCCUCGAGGGAUCUUCACCUCACAGUGUCACUGAAAAGGAUGAGGGGUGGCUGUCUGAUGGCACUGGGGCUUACUACCCCCCAGGGAUUCAGGUUAAAAAGGAUCUGGGGAGUCUGAUUCAGAGAGUGUCCCAGCUAGAGGCGCAGCUCCUGAAAACUGGAGUAGAAGGGAAGCUGGCAGAGGAACUGAGAUCAGCCUCCUGGCCUGGGAAAUAUGAUUCCCUGAUUCAGGAUCAGGCCCGAGAGCUGUCUACCUACACCAGAAGAUACAAAAGGGAGAGGCAUCUGUUACCUUCUCACCCAGCAUGCAAAAGAUACGUAAAAUCUUUUGAGGACCUUCUUAGGAGAAAUGACAUUGACAACUACCUGGGGCAGAGCUUCCGAGAGCAACUUGCCCAGGGAAGCCAGUUGACAGAGAGGCUUACCAGCAAACUCAGCACCAAGGAUCAUAAAAGUGAGAAAGAUCAAGCUGGACUUGAACCACUGGCCCUCAGGCUCAGCAGAGAACUGCUGGAGAAGGAGAGAGUGAUUGAGGUCCAGCAGGCCAAGCUAGAUACCCGGUCCCUCACACUCUCCAGCAGCCAUGCCUUGUCGGACUCCCAGCACUCUCCCAGCAGCUCCUCCUUCCUGUCUGAUGAGCUGGAAGCCUGUUCUGACAUGGAUGUAGCCAGCGAGUACACACACUACGAAGAGAAGAAGGCUCUGCGUGGUCACUCAGAUUCCAUCCAUCAUUUGAGUCAUUCCACUGUACUGUCUUCUAAGCCAUCAGCAACCAGUGCACCUCCGGGGGUUAAGGCUGAACCAAGCAGCAACCCCAUCAGGUUGCCAGCUCCCUAGAACCCCCCCCAGAAAGGCAGUCAGGCCCAUCCAGGCCUUCACUUUCCCUCCAUACCCAUGCUGGUUAGCCUUCCCCAGGCACCACUGCCCUCAGCAGCACCCAGUUUCCUGCCUUUCAGCCCCACUGGCCCUCCCUUCGUUGGCUGCUGUGAGACCCCCAUGGUCUCCUUGGCAGAGGCUCAGCAGGAGGUACAGAUGCUGCAGAAACAACUGGGAGAAAGUGUCAGCACCAUCCAUCCUGCUUCCCCAGCUGCACUGCCAAGCAAUCAUUUAGAAGCCAGCUCUUCUCACUAUCUCAACCCUGCCCAGCCCCACUCUCCACUGAGGGGCGGCCCAGAACUGGGCAAAAUCCUGGAGCCCGGCUAUCUGGGCAAGGGCAGCCAGUGGGAUGUGAUGAGGCCUCAGAAAGGAAGUGUAUCAGGCGACCUGUCCUCAGGAUCCUCUGUGUGUCAGCUUAACUCCAAACCCACAGGGGCUGACCUUCUGGAGGAACAUCUCAGAGAGAUCCGGAACCUGCGCCAGCGCCUGGAGGAGUCCAUCUGCAUCAACGACCCGCUGCGGGAGCAGCUUGAACACUGGCUCAGCUGUGCAGCCUGUGGGAGCGGAUCUACCUCCAAUUUCUACAUCCCCAGCCUGGAACCCACACCUCAGCUCUACAACAAGAACAGAGUCCUUAAGGAAGAAAACUGGAGCCUUCAGACUCAGCUGAGUCGUGUUUCUAGAGAGCAGGAAGAUGUGAGGGAAGAGGUCACUGAUGGGGAAGUAACGAGACGUCACAGAGAAGAGAGAAGACAUAACUGCUAA